AUGGCCAAGAGGAAAGCUGCGAAGCGAGCUCGAGUUGUACGCUCGAACAAGACUCCCGACGAGCCUUCUCAAAUUCGGCGUACGUCUCGUGGCGAUUCGCAUACGGCAGUAGCGAACUCGCUAGGUCCCGAAGCGCACACAAGCUCCAAGCCCCUGAAUCGUUCAGCCCACAGCAGAUGUACUCUCAGGAUCGCUGAUAGUUCCGAGGCUAUCACGCCUCCCCGCAAGUCUCCCCGCCAAUCACCCCCUUCUCCAGCCCUGAGUAUCACGACCCGCACGCAUCUGGAGGAACUUCUGCCAGACUCCGACGAUGAGGAAUUAGACCAAGAUGAAGACCUGAUCGAAGUCACCUCGACUGCCAAUCCUCGUUCUCGUGGCUCAAAAGGAAAGACUAUAGAGCGUCCCGCAGCCACGAGAAAGGGGAAGUCCGGUGCUCUCGAGGGCACUCAAACUGAAGGUGGCUCGACUGCCGAUAUUCGUCUUCUUGGCUCAGAAGGGACAACUAGAGAGCUUCGCUCAGCCACGAGGAGGAAUUCCGGUGCUCUCGAAAAAACUCCAGCCCAAGGCGACUCAAAUGGCGGUCCUCGUUUGAGGGAUCUCAGAGCCAGGAAGUCGAUCGAGUUUCCCGCAGCCACGAGAAAGAAGUCCAAUGUUCUCGAAGGUAUUCCGAUCGAUGACAUCUUCGGCGGUGACCAGGAAAACAUCAAAGACUCUCUCCUCUACAGCUUGGCCAAAGAAUACGAGCUGUCUGAGAUUGUCGAGAAGGUCAACGAAAAUGGGAGAUCGGAUCCGGUCACGGGUAACGCCCUUCGUGACCGUCUCAACGACUACCGGAGGGAGGUUAUCCACCAGAAGAAGUACGAUCAGUACGAAUUCGAGCUUGAGCUCAACGACACUCGUCGUCAAUAUGGUCUCGCCUUUCAACUCCCGCCCCAGGACAUGGAGGGUAUGAUCUACGAUGGCGUUGAGGAGAUCGGAUAUCAGAUAAAGCAAGCUGGCAGUGUCGACACAAACUCCAGACCUCGCUCCUGGUUCUCGCGACCAGGUGGUACGUAUUCAAGCUCCAAUCUGGUUCAGGAGUCUGCCGAUAUAACAACACCACCACGUGAAUUGAGACCGAAGGCUGGUAGUUCACGAGCCGGCGCCUCACUCGCUCAGCCUGUCGAUAUGACAGCACUACUACCACCUAAGCCCAAGCGCAAGCAUGGAUCCGGGACACCACGAGAUCGCCCUGUUACAACGGAUAUCGUAGGGGCGACUUCCAAUGGCUUCCUCGCCGAGACCGAGAUCGAGCCGGUCAAGCAGCCAGAACAUUCCAAGCAACCGGAGAAUCCUAAGCGGCAAGGAAAUCUCAAGCUGCGAGGAAUUCUCAAGCGGCCAGGCAAUCUCGAGCAGCCAGAAAGCCUCAAGCAGCCCCAGCUUCUCAAGGGGCCAGAAGUUCUCAAGCGACCAGAAACUUCUAAGGAGUCAGAACAACCAAAAGAACCUGAGCUAUCAGAGACUUACGAUACCACAUCAAACCGGAGCCACAUCAUAAUUUCCAGAGCAGAUCGAGCCCUCAUCAACGGCAAUCCCGACAAGCUGGAAGGCCUGAUCCUCUACGAUCUCGGCAAGCGGUACUCCUGGGAAAUUAUCGCCGGCCACAUCAACGCAGCCCAUUCAGAAAUCGGAAUGACCUCAAAAGCACUCUUGCUACGCAUGACCUGCAAGGGUGGUGGAUACGACCAGCAAGCACUUGAGAGCAAGAAGACUCGUGAGGAAGUGGUGAAAGAAAUGGAGGAAGCCCAAGCCACCCAUCACAAGCAAUUUGAGAAGCCAGGUCUCCAACAGAAGUCGGCAGAGAGGGCUUCCAUCGGACAGAUCAUGAGUGCGCUUGAUGCCAUGGGGAAAGACAAAGUCGCAGGGGAGGACGAGGUGGUAGAGGUGGAGAUGGCCGAUGACGAAGUAGAAGCCAGAGAACUGUGGCUCAAGACGUGGUACUCUGGAGACUGA